UUCCUGUUAAUCGGUUGUUUAUAACCAUAAUUAGAUACAGCAAUUAUUUAUAACCGUAUUUAGAUACAAUAAAUUUAUGUGGUGAUAUAAGAACGUGGUGCAUGUCAAGUAGAUAAUUUAUAACCAUAAUUUAGAUAAAACAAUCAUUUAAAUGACAGCAGAGAAAUAGCGAUAGGCCCACUUGGCCGAUGAAGAUUCCCACUUGACCCCCAAAGACUUGAGAGAGAGAGAAAAACAGAGACGAAAGAUCAUCGACCACGAAGCAAUCGGCGAUUUGUGAGGAGAGCAGAGUCGAGAAAAUAGUCAAUGUCUCCUCUCCCCCGUCUUGCUCACGACACGUACUCCUCAAUGUCUCAAGUUCGAAGCUUUAAAGCAUCCAUUCCUAAAUGGGAAGAUAUCCUUACCCGAAUCAGCCUCUGGUGGGAGCAAGCAAGGGCUGUGGUAGUUGUGCCUGUCUUCAAGUUCCUGGUGGUUCUAUGUUUGGUCAUGUCCGUGAUGCUCUUCGUUGAGAUGAUGUACAUGGGACUUGUGGUAGCGUAUAUCAAGUUGUUCAAGAGGAAACCAGAGAAAGUUUACAAAUGGGAAGCUAUGGAGGAGGAGGAUGUUGAGUGUGGUAGUGAAAGCUUCCCUAUGGUUCUUGUGCAGAUUCCUAUGUACAACGAAAAAGAGGUUUGUGAGCAAUCUAUUGCAGCUGCUUGCAAAAUCUCAUGGCCAGCGAAUCGUAUAAUAAUUCAAGUGCUGGAUGACUCCACAGAUCCAGCUAGUAAGGAAUUGGUGAAAGAGGAAUGUGAGAGAUGGUCGAAAGAAGGUGUCAACAUAACAUUUGAGAUAAGAGAUAACAGGAAAGGAUACAAAGCUGGUGCGCUGAGAGAAGGAAUGAAGCAUAGCUAUGUGAAGCAGUGUGACUAUGUUGCUAUCUUUGACGCUGAUUUCCAGCCUGAGCCUGACUUCCUCUUCCGUACCGUUCCUUUCCUAAUCCACAAUCCCAAGUUAGCACUUGUUCAAGGCCGUUGGGAGUUUGUGAAUGCUGGUCAAUGCAUGAUGACGAGAUUGCAGGAGAUGUCUCUGAGUUACCACUUCAUGGUAGAACAGCAAGUUGGAUCGUCAACAUUUGCCUUCUUUGGGUUUAAUGGAACGGCUGGUGUAUGGAGAAUCUCAGCGCUGAAUGAGUCAGGUGGAUGGAAUGACCAGACAACAGUAGAAGACAUGGACUUAGCUGUAAGAGCCACACUCAGAGGCUGGAAAUUACUAUACCUCGAUGAUCUCAAGGUGAAAAGUGAGUUACCUUGUUCCUUCAACGCUCUGCGUAGCCAGCAGCAUAGAUGGACUUGUGGCCCUGCAAAUCUAUUCAGGAAAAUGGCUGGACAAAUAAUAAGAAGCGAGAAUGUUUCUGUAUGGAAGAAGUUGUAUAUGUUGUACAGCUUCUUCUUCAUGCGCAAGAUCGUGGCUCACAUACUCAGCUUCUGCUUCUAUUGUGUUAUCUUGCCAGCUACUGUGUUGUUCCCUGAAGUCACAGUUCCUAAAUGGGCUGCGUUUUAUCUCCCUUCUUUGAUCACUCUCCUCAUCGCACUCGGUAGACUAAGAUCAAUCCACCUUUUAGCAUUCUGGGUUCUGUUUGAGAAUGCAAUGUCGCUGCUUAGAACAAAGGCUCUGGUCAUGGGCUUGUUUGAAACUGGAAGAGUUCAAGAAUGGGUUGUGACAGAGAAAUUAGGUGAUGGUCUCAAGACGAAGCUGAUUGCGCAAGAACCUAAUGAACAUCAUGUCAGAUUCAGAGAUAGGGUGCAUUUGAUGGAGCUAUUGGUUGGAGCGUACCUGUUGUUCUGCGGAUGCUAUGACAUCAUCUACGGGAAGAGGACACUGUUUUUGUACCUUCUGUUCCAGUCAAUGGGCUUUUUCAUUGUUGGUUUUGGAUUUGUGGGCAAAUAUGUUGCUGCUGCUUCAUCCUAACAUAGAUUUAGAUCAAAGAGAGUCUCAAUAUGUUUCAAAAAGGUUUUUAGUUGUUGAUCCCAUAUUGAGAAAUAUAAUACCCCUUUUUUGUUUGGGAUGUCUGAGAAAAAAAAAAUUGAUAUAUACACUUUUGUAUUACCAGUUUGAGUGUUUGUAACACAAGGAAUGAUUUAAAAAUAAAAAAUAAACUGAGUUUCUUAGGCAUUAAUCUGUCUAUAUAGUGAAAUGAUCUAAAAGCAUACUGUUCAAGAUCCUUUUGUAUGAACAAACCUCAAAAGAAAGACACUAAGAAUUACAAAGUAUAAAAAUGCAAAUCGUUGAAGCUUGCAGGUCAAGUUAUCAAACAUUCUCUUCCUCCAUCGUCACUGUUUGAUAAUUACUACUACUGUCAACAAACCAACACACAAGAAACACAAUUCUUCAUCAAAAGAUAACCAUCACGAGACACAACAGAGGAUAGAUAUCUUGUCGGAAUCGGUUGUUACCUGGAUUCGAAACCAACCAAAGUAUUAGGGCGCAUAGAAUGAGAAGGAGAGGGAUGAAAUGGAUAGCGUUCUCCGCGGAUCUGAUUCUUGAUUUGUCCUUCUUCCCAGGGUAAGAGUUUGGGUCGUACCUAGGCAGAAGAAGCUGGACAUCUUCUAAAUCUGUGGAGCUUUGGAUUCGAGGAGGAGACGGUGAUGGUGAAGGAGGUUUCGCUGAUAGUUGGUCGGAAACUACGGAGGCGCUCGCAGAUCGACGCAUGUCUUUCUUCUUACUUACUUUACGC